AUGGCAUCUACCACAUCCCAUUGCUCUUCACUGGGACAGCUUCUGGAGUGCAUCAACUUUGCUGCCAUCAAGCACUCUUCUCAGCGACGCAAAGAUCCAACAAAGACUCCUUACAUCAACCACCCGAUUGGAGUUGCAUAUAUAUUAUACUAUGAAGGAAACGUAGAGGACUUGCCGACACUUUUAGCUGCUGUCCUUCAUGAUACUGUUGAAGACACUGAAACCUCGUUUGAAGAGAUCACAGCCAAGUUUGGAUCCGAGGUCUGUGAGAUUGUCAUGGCAUGCACUGAUGACAAGACUCUUCCAUCUAAAGACAGAAAACGACUGCAGGUUGAAACUGCACCACACAAGUCGGACAAGGCCAAGCUGGUUAAAAUGGCUGACAAGAUCUACAAUCUAAGAGAUCUGAUGAGAGUGUUGCCAAUGGGUUGGACCCAGCAGCGUGCCAACGAGUAUUUUGCCUGGGCAAAGCAGGUCACUGAUGGGUGUCGUGGAGUGAAUGCUAAACUGGAUGCCAUUCUGAAUGAUAUCUACAAGAAACAGGAAGCGUUGGAAUCCAUUUGAUAAAAAGUUGAUACGUAAUAUAUUGUCUUGGACAAUCCAAAACCUAUUGAAACGCAAUGCUUGAAUGGCAUGAUAAUAAAUAACAAAUAGUGUUUACUCGAUAAGA